UACCUCCCCGAGUAUCACAGUUACGACAUUACAUGUGGUACACAAUCAAUAAUUCAUUGAAUACAAAUAGUCAGAAUGAAAUUCACUGAAAAUGAUAAUCUUUAUCUGGACCAAUAAUACUUGUGUUAAAUUAAGGAUUCAUCAUGUAUGACUUCGACAACAGUGAGAAUAUACCUGCGUUUGGUGAGGAAGUACGUGAUGCCAUUGACAACGGGGAUAUAGUAGGACUAAGAAAGGCCCUGGAUAAAGGAGCACGCAUCAAUAUGAAGUUUGGAAAAUAUGAGACAACGCCAAUACAUUUCGCUAGCAAGAAACAAAAUCUAGAAAUCUUAGAGGAAUUGAUCAAAAGGGGUGCGGAUAUCAAUGGAAGAGAUGCCAUAAAUGACCGACCGUUGCAUGAAGCAGCUCGGUUCGGAUCAGAGUCCGUAUUAUCUUUCCUUUUGGAGAAGAAUGCAGAUCCCGACGUCACAAAUAACUAUGGUAACAGCCCGUUGAUGCACUGUUUUGACACUUCAAGAUUUAGAGCAAAUGGAUGGACGAAAAAAGCACAGACUCUUCUGAAGCAUGGCGCAAGGAAAGAUAUCAAAAAUAUGCAUAGCCAAAUGGCAUUGGAUCACUUGCAAAGUUUCCUGCAAGUUAUUCGGAAUGGCAAAAACAUCGAAAGGGAGAUCAGAAACACUGAAGAACUUGCGGAAGCCUAUUACCUACAUGACGUUCUCACUGAGAAACCUGGGAGUGGAGAGCAGUUAUUGCUUGAUGUAAUUGAGUCACUUGACAACCGCCAAGAGCAAACGCCAACGUGUCAUGGUCAAAAUUUUAAGGCAAUGUGUGAUUCUGCUUUGUCGGUAUUGCGGAACCGGGACUGGAACCUACCUUGGGAAAUUUUGGACGAUGUCCCAAACGAAAUACGCCAACUAGGAACUGUCACGGAGGACACGUUUCUACGUUCGCUAGAGACGAAACACGCACAGCCGAAAUAUAUUCGAUUGAUGAUUGUUGGAGAUGUUGGCGUGGGUAAAACGUCACUUUGUUUGAAUCUCAUUGACGAAGAUAAAGAAGCUAUCCCAACCGACGGAAUAAACGUCUUCAUCCAAAACUACCUUGUUGAUAUGAAAACGGGAAAAUGGCGAAAGCUUCCAGAUGAAGACAUCCAAAAUCUACCUACGAAACUUUUAUCGACGGUUUGUAGAGCUGAGAAAAUGUCACAAAGAAGGCUAUCAGAAACAACCAGAAUGAAGGAGAUGGAGGGGGAGGUCAACGACGAGCAGGAAAUAACAAUGGUAUACACGGAUAUGGGGCAAGCAUCAGAAGGUCCAUCUCCACCUUCAAAACGGAGAAGGAAUGAUUCGGAGAAACUGAAGAGUACACUUAAAGAAGUUAACGCCACGGGCGUCCUGAGAGACGACGACGCUCUUUUGUCCGUGUGGGAUUUCGCCGGCGACGAGAUUUAUGAGGCGACACACCACAUCUUCAUGAGUCCAGACGCCGUGUACAUCAUUGUUUUCAACGCAGAUGCUUGUCUCCAAGAUCAAAACAAUCUAGAAAAGCUGUACACCUGGCAAGAAGUGAUCAGAACCUAUACCACUGAACCCAUGGAAAAGGGAACAUCAAACAAGACGCCGCCAAUCAUACUUGUAGGAUCCCAUCUUGACAAGCUCGGGAAAACAAAAGAAGAAAGGAAUGAAAGCAAAAUCAAACUGUUUGACAUAAUGGAGAACAUUUCUAGCGACAAUCAACUGUAUUUCGUAGACAACACAAACAAAGACGAUUCUGCGCUCCAACGAAUCAGAGACGAAAUAGUGAAGCUAGCACCAUUUCAAAAAAAUUGGAACAAGUCGAUACCAGCUACUUGGGUGAGCCUCGAUAUGGAUCUUCGAAUGCUGAAACAACAGAAACGAUACAUUUUACAAUUUUCUGAAGUUCUGGAUAUUGACAAAAGGAACGAAGUGUCCGUUGGUGACUCAGAGGAAAUAAAAUGCUGUUUGAGGUACAUGCAUUUGACGGGAAACAUUCUGUUUUUUGAAAAUGAACCAGAGGGUGGUGAUAACCAGGAACCUUUCGUUGUUGCACAUCCUCAAUGGAUAGUUGAUGCACUUCGUUGUAUCAUCAAGGCAAUGAGAUUUAUAGACACGCACGAUGAUGAUAGUACAAAGCUACAUAUCAGACAAUUUCAAAAGUCUGGCAUUCUGACUUUGGGAUUACUGGAAAGGCUCUGGGGAAGAUACCGGGACCAUCAAGAUAUUCUUAUUGAGAUUAUGCAGCGCUUGCAUCUGCUGGUUGCCGUGACAGAGAAGAUAGAGAUACGUAAAUGGAUAGUUCCAAGUUUGCUUCCGCCGACAGAUCCUGCACUCUUCAAGGACACACUAUCCCAUCCACAUGCAGUUACAUCAAAAACCUUGUGCUUUGUGUUCAAAUCAAAACUUCUUCCUGCCAUCUAUGACAAACUUUUAGCGAUAUGUCUUUCAUCGGUCCUUAAAAUUAAAAAGGAUAAACGAGGGAAAGCUCUUAUGCAAAGAGGAUCUGCAUGUUUUAUGAUUAACCGAGCGUGCGAUCUUUUAAUGAGCUGUACCGGAGCCGUUGUGAGCUGUACUCUUAUCAACAAGAACGGGAAGACCGAUUUCAAGAGAAAAUGUUCAUUUGUACGAUCUUUAUUAAGUGACCUGUUAAAGGAGAUUUUUACACGGUUUCAUCACGGAAGCAUCGUAUAUGAACUGUGUUUACAUUGUAAGCACGAUGUUUGCAGCGACUCCUGUCCAGUCCCGAUUUCAGACAUCAGCACGGAAGGGCGUGUGCUUUGUUGUGAGAACUGUCCCGAUGACCAACAUUGGCUGGAAAGAUCGGAGGCAGAACCUUGGAUUGAUCAGCAAAAGAGCAAGAACGAUUCUGAUUACAAGCUUCCUGAUGAAAUCCUCGAUUCACAACCCACUGAAAGGAUGAUGGCGUUGUUAAGCCAGCGUUACAUUGGUAGCCAGUAUGAACUUUUCUUCUCUUUUCUUGAUUUAAAGGCGGCUAUCAUAAGCUCCCACAAGACUCCGAACACUGAGCUACCGACUAUCAUUUUUAAUCUCUUUGUGAUCUGGAGAAAUAAAAAGGACAAAGAGGCAACUGUCAGAGAAAUUCUUAACGGAAUGGAAUUUAUGGAGAUUGAUUAUAUGGGUGCUGCAGAUGAACUCGGUAAAGAAUUUAGGAACAGAUCAACAAAUAGUACUUAAACUAUACGUCAUGAGUGCCAGGCAAGACUGUUAUAGAGGACUACGGGAUAAACGGUAUAUCAAUUUAAUUUAUUAAAUAUGAAUUUUGCAUUUACUGAUAGUAAUAUUCUUGUUUCCCGUUGUUUGUGGUACACACAUUUUCGAUUUAAUACAAUGUUUGAAAGUUGUUUACUCAAAUAUUAUGACUUCAUUUUUACAUGUCAAUUUCUGACAA